AAAGGUGCCAGACUCGCGUCUGGAUCGUCCGCGCCGACGACUUUCUCGCUUGGCGCCACGACGAGUUUCCGUCGCCAGUCCGACACCACACUUCCCAAACCUGGAUCCAUACACCAAGUGACCUAUCCUUCUCUGGUGACCCGGGAUGACCUGACCAACAGGUGACAAGAUUUCAUCCUACUAAACAACAGCAAUAACAACAGUAACAUCAGCCACUACAAUAAUUAACAAAAUUUCAAAAUAACCAGGACACCAACAUCUUUGUAACUUCUAUGUAAGGAAAAAAGGUAAUGCAAAAAGACAUGGCCAGAAGAUCAGGCUUAGGAAGAAAGAAAAUUAUAUAACCUGAUAAGUUCUUAAGUUCAACAUUUGGAUUGUCAAGUCUAAAAAUCAAAGUAAUCUGGAACAGGAAAAUUCGUAGUGCUAUGAUUAGUAUUAUUAAAGUAAGUAAAGAAAUCUGUAAAUAAUAAAAUUUUAGUCCAGCCAUCUUCAUAAGUAAAGAAAUAUACUUGAAUAUAAAUAAAAAGAAAAGAUUUCCGAACGCCCCCGACGCCAAUCGAAGGUCAUCCUGCGCAAGGGAAGGCUCAUCCCAAUGGCUGUGAUAAGACUUUGAGAGCAGAUACCCGCGUGUCAGCCUUGGGACUGCUGGCUCUCGAGUGCGAGCUGUAAGGGAAUAAUUUCAGUGCUUGAACGUUAGAUCGAGAAGAACGUAAAAGGACCCGCCAUUAUGCCCGGACUGGAUGCUCUCAUAGCCCUCAAAGAUCGGGCCAAGGAGGUGAAGGAAAGGCUCUCCGCAAGUAAAAUCAACCUAGACGCACAACGAGAAAGAGGUGUUCAGUAUGAAGAAUUCGAGCUGGAAGCGUCCAAAAUCAAUAACCUCAAAAAUGCAGGGGCGGAAGGAGGAUACGAUGAGGAGAUCGAAAGAGAGAAGCCGCCACUACGAAAAAUCGACCAGUAUUUACCUCCGGACUGUCCUUGUUGCAACAUCACGAAGAGAUUGACUAUGGCCAUCUUAGCUAGUAUAGGUUUUCUCAUAUCAUUCGGCAUCCGAUGCAACAUGGGAGUCGCCGUUGUCCAAAUGACAUCUAAUGAGACAAGUACAGGGGAACGAGAAAUAAACUGGAGCGACGACAUAGUUGGUGUUGUGGAUUCGUCGUUCUUCUGGGGCUAUUUGGUGACUCAGAUCCCCGGCGGACUUAUCGCUAACCGUUACCCGGCUCACAAAGUCUUCGGGACAGCAAUCACAACCUCAGCUGUCCUGAACAUGUUUAUCCCAGCGGCCUCAAGACUACAUCCUGCCGCUGUCAUCUUCGUCAGGAUUCUUCAAGGACUGGUUGAGGUAUGUGUGGCGUGUUCUGGUACUUUUUCUGGUAUUGGCUCGCUUUCGAGAAACCCGCCACACAUCCAACCAUCACCGCCAGGGAGCAACUUUACAUCGAAGAGAGUUUGGGAAAACAGAAUAUCGCGCAGCCGACUUUCUCGACGACCCCCUGGCUGGCUUUCGCUACAUCGAUGCCCGUCUGGGCUAUAGUUGUCGCGAACAUUGCCAGGUCUUGGACGUUUUAUCUUCUGAUCAUAUCUCAGCCCACAUACUUCAAGGAGGUCUUCCAUUACGAUAUAGCCAAGAGCGGCACCAUAUCAGCCCUUCCCCAUUUGGUGAUGACGAUUGUGGUGCCCUUUGGAGGACAGCUGGCGGAUCACUUCCGUAAGAACAACAUCCUCUCCACCACUAACGUCAGGAAGUUAUUCAACUGUGGAGGCUUCGGGCUCGAGGCUGUUUUCCUACUGGUGGUGGCGUAUGCCCGCCGGACUACCAUCGCCAUUUCGGCCCUCACGCUGGCUGUGGGAUUCUCAGGCUUUGCCAUAUCAGGUUUCAAUGUCAACCAUCUCGACAUAGCGCCCAGGUACGCCAGCAUUCUUAUGGGUAUCAGCAAUGGGUUUGGUACCCUAAGUGGGAUGAUACGUCCCAUCGUCGUGGAAGAGUUCACCAAACAUGAGACAGCAGAAGAAUGGCAGAUAGUUUUUCUAAUAGCGUCGAUCAUCCAUUUCCUGGGUAUCAUCUUCUACGGUCUCUUCGCCUCCGGGGAGCUUCAGCCUUGGGCAGAGCCACCCCAGCCCGAAGAAGAGAUGACGGAGAACGCGCCAGCCAUGGGUGGACCUGGCCAACAAAAUGGCAAACUACCUACUUACGGGACGAUGGAAGGAGAACCUGGCAUGACCGACCAGACCUACACUCAGGAGACAUACGCACAGCAAGAUCCAUACGCCCAGCAGCAACAACAAGGUUAUACAAUAACACAACAACAAAGUCAGCCUCAGAUGCCCGAUUACACUACGAGUAACCCUCACAACCCCUUCGCCUCAGCAGCAGCGCCCCCAGUUUCCAAUCCUUUCAGCGGAGGUUUCUCUCAAGAGCCAGUCCAACCUCAGCCAGGCCAAUACACGCAAGGUCAAUACUAGGUUGUCAAGGGUCACCAGAGAUAGUACUAGCGCUCUUUAUAGAACCGGAGCCAGUACUAAGACUAGUUCCAUACUCUAUGCUAGCACUAGAUAUGUUAUUGGUUACACCUAUGUUUGUAGUUUAUAAAGCAAAGUUGUUAUUCAAGCUACAGAGUGGAUAGAAAACUAUUUAUGUUGAAUAGAUAAUUAUUAACCUAGACAAUGAACUCAAGUAUGAAACCUAUAUCAUGAGUAACAAAAAAGUAAAUUUCCUAGUAU